UGGGCUUGUCUCAGAGUGCAGAGCGCCAAGUGUUAUGGAGGAUAUAGAUCGUUUGGGUACGACUGGGUCCCCUUCCCUUCCUCCUCCUUGCGAAGAAGCCAAACGUGACGAACGCGUCCACAUUUCUGAUUUUCACAUUCCCAGGGCCAAAUUACUCAAGCGUCAUGGUCAAGCUCUAUCGAUCCAGUGCGUGAAGCCUACGUAUUUCUGGUGUGCGGGUACGGCGGAAGUCGGUUGAAGCUUUGCCAAUCGAAUCCAUCGCUUUUUACUGGCCGAUCUCGUGUGUCGAUUUAUAGGGCUUGUGCUUGCGGUGUGAGUAGCGAACUGCAGUCGCGUUGGUGAAGUGUUUGCAGCCCGACGAGGCGAUUCGAGCAGGAUUGGUGGAUCGAUUGGAGGAGGUUCUUCUGAUCUAUCGACAGCUGAGUUGACCGCGUGGGGUGUCAGCGUCGACGAAGAAGAGCAUCGCUGGGAUUUCUUCAGGUUCGCGACAUGGCUGCGCCUCCAUUCCUGCCUCCUCCCGAGGUGUCGAUGGACGACGUCGACACCGCACCCGAUCCGUGUGUUCCUACUGUCAUCCCAGUGGAUACGGAGAUGCCUCACAGCAACGAAUUUCUCGACAAUUUGAGGAAGGUUAUGGGCCCAGGAGCAGCAAAUGAGGUCACCCACGUAGAUGCACAUGGCAAUUUGAUGGGGCACACCGAGAACUUUUCAGCCACUUACCUUACUUCGGGUAGUUGCUGCCUCGAUUUCUUCUUCCAGGUCGUUCCAGAUACUGGUGUGCGAAUCAUCGCCUUGCUGGAGAAGGCUUGGAGAGAGGAUGCGAUGACAGCUCUCAAGCUCGUCUUCCACUUGCGCGGAGUCAGGGGCACUGGUAAAUCGGACAAGGAGAACUUCUACUACGCCGCCUUGUGGAUGCAGCAAGAGCAUCCUCAGACUCUGCUGGCCAAUCUGGCCAUGAUCGCGGAGUUUGGCUACUUCAAGGAUCUCCUGGAGCUUGUGUUGAGGAUUGUAGAAGGGCCGGAUGAGACACACAGGAAGCUCGAGGCCAAAGAAACUCACAAGCAGACUAUCGAACAGGGAAAGGAGAAUGCCAAGCUGUGGAACGCGAUGGUGGAGGCGCGGAAGAAUCCCGACAGCUCGGAAUUGGCGUCGAAGGUGACGCUGAUGAAACGAAUGUACAGCUUCGAGAAUGCGGGAACCGGGUACUACUCGAGGAAGGGCGCCAAGGCCAGAGAAGCGAAGACGGCCGGCACUCUCAAGCCCAGAGAGGAGCGAAUUGCCGCAUCUCUGGUGGCCGAUAGAGUGACGAAGGAGAAAGCCGCCGUGCUGCGCAAAGAGAGGAAGCUGGCGCUGGCACGCAGAGCAGUCAAGGCCUACACAUCGGACCCCAAAUUCCAAGCGCUCUACUUGGCCGUGGCCAAAGUGUUCGCCAGCCGAUUGCUGCAAGACGUGAAGGCGCUGCAGGAAGGGAGACUCUUCGAGAUCAGCCUGGCGGCGAAAUGGGCGCCGUCGCUCGACAAUUCGUUCGACCUGCGGACGCUGCUGUGCUACGCCAUCGCGUGCCAGAUGUUCCCCAAGGAGGCGAGCCCCGAGUACGAGGCGCUGGACGACCGCAAGUACGGGUUCGCGGUGCGCGAGAGGCUGCGCAAGGAAGUGCUGGUGCCGCUGAGGAGAGCGCUGGAGCUGCCGGAGAUCGUCAUGAGCGCGCAGAAGUGGGGCGAGGUGAACUACAAACGAGUGGCGUCCGUGGCCAUGAAGACGUACAAGGAUCUGUUCCUGAAGCACGACGAGGAGAGAUUCACCAAGUACCUCGAGGACGUGAAGGCCGGGAAGGCCAAAAUCGCCGCGGGCGCGCUGCUGCCGCACAUGAUUCUCAAGGGCGUGACCGACCCGGACCAGGACCCGCAGCUGGCCGAGGUGGCCGAGCUUCAGUGGAAGCGCAUGGUGUCGGACCUCAAGGAGAAGGGCAGCCUGAGCAACUGCCUCGCCGUCUGCGAUGUGUCCGGGAGCAUGGACGGAAUUCCCAUGGAGGUGUGCAUCGCGCUGGGCAUGCUGCUGUGCGAGCUCGCCGACGAGCCUUGGAAGAACCACCUCAUCACCUUCAGCGAGACCCCCGUCAUCCAUAAAGUCCAAGGCACGACUCUGGCCGAGCGCUACUCCUUCACGCAGCAAAUGGACUGGGGCUCGAACACCAAUUUCCAGGCGGUUUUCGACCGAAUUCUCGACAUGGCCCAGAGCAACAAGCUGAGCCCCGAGAAGAUGGUCAGCCGCCUCUUCGUCUUCAGCGACAUGGAAUUCGACAUCGCGUCGGCCAAUCCCUGGGAAACCGACUACCAAGCCAUCUGCCGCAAGUACAAAGACGCCGGCUACACUCCGCCGCAGAUCGUCUUCUGGAAUCUGCGCGACAGCAGGAGCACUCCCGUGCUGGCCAGCCAACCGGGCGUGGCCCUCGUCUCGGGGUUCUCGAAGAACCUCCUCAAGAUCUUCCUCAUGAAGGACGGCGAAAUGGACCCCAAUCUCGUCAUGCAGCAAGCCCUCGAGGGCGAGGAGUACAGCCGGCUCGUUCUCGUGGACUAGUCGCCGCUUCUGCAAUUCCCCCCUCUCUUUCUCUCUCUAUCUCUCACUCACUCACUCUCUCUCUCUCACUCUCUCCGUCUUUUCCUUCCCCUUCCUCUUCCCGCGCUGCGCCGGUGGAACCCCCGCCCCGCCCGGUGGGAGGGCGUGCGCCCGUUGCCAGACAUACCGCUCUUCGGCUCGAAGCUCGAAGCUCGUGCUUGGGGCUGGAACUCGAACCUCGACAAAUCUGCGGAAUCCAGCCUCGGAAUCUCGAAUUGAGUCGGCCUCCGGAUUGACUCGUCUCUUCCUUCUGAUCUGCUUUGCUAUGUCAUGCUAAGCUCUGGCGCUGAACCCUCGGGACACCGAACAACGUGACAUUAUUGCGUGAUGUCGAAUCUUUAGACAGGACUCCGAACGAGGUUCAUAAGAGAUGCCAACGAAUGAAGAAGAUGAAGAAGAAGAGGAAGAGGAAGAAGAAGAAGAAACAAAGAAAGAAAGAAUUACGAGCUCGAGGGAAGGAGUAGGUGCUAGUCAUUGCCCGAGACAAUUCGAUGUAGCAGCGUUAUGCACAUCUUGUGCAUCGUGUAUGGAUGCUUGUGAUUUCACCCACCCGCCCGUCCACAGGUUGUCCACCGUGCUGAAUCAAAUCUGGUCUUCCAACUGUAGAGAGUGUGGUCGAUACACAAUGCUUCAGACUUCAAGACGAGAGACGAGCUGAGCUGAGCUGGUCUGGGCUGGGCCAUCAAAUCAUCUCAUCUCAUGUGUAAAUCCGGAUGAGGUCCAGUGCUCUUUCUAUAACCUCAAUCAUAGCUUCUUGGCACGAGCUGCAAACUGUUGCAGUUGAUACACUACAAACACAUAUGUAUCAUUCAUCAAUGACGCUACGAAAUUCUCGUGCAGAGAGUUCUGCGUUGCCUGCAAUUUUCACAUUCCGCUGCAACAGUUAUUCAGUCAACCGAAGUGUCACUGCAUAGCAAACUCUCGCUUUUUAUCCAUCUUUUACGAGGGUGUUGUCACCCUACAGUUAACCGAUUGUUACCGAUGACUCUUCCCUGCCAAUUUCCUUUUCUACAUUACUUUCUUGUCUGAUUCUUUCGAUGAUUCUGUCAUCAAAGUUGUACUACACGCAUCUUACGUUUCGUCUAUGUGAAGAACUUUCUAUGCAAGAGAUCAAGUACUUGGCAGAUCGUUCAUGGG